AUGGAGACCGUCAUGCUGGAGUCGAAGGAUCCGGGUGUGCAGGAGAGGAAUCCUUCGCCCGAUGGAGCAGACAGUCAGGUCCGGUCAGUACCUCGCAGGAAGUACGAUCCCAGCAACGGUCAGCAACCCGACCCUCGCACGUGAGGUCUGUACGUUGUGUUGUUGAUGCAUCUCUCCAACAGAUCGACGCGAUAUGCGCAGACUGGGAAAGAGACAAGAACUGAAGGCAAGCACCUCCCCGUCCCGUCCCGUCAGCCUAUAGCCAGCCACAUGAUAUGAGAGACUCUUCGCAUCCUGACGAGAGAGACGACAGCGUCGAUUCCGUUUCUCCUCCAUUGUUGCUUUCGUCGUCGUCCUCGGCCUGACAUGGGAGUUCUCCCUCACGACGCUCAUCUUCAAUCUCGCCAAUGGGGGCACUGCAGGCGCCAUCUGGCUCACGCUGGCCGUCUGCUUCGGCAUGUUCUUCGUCAUGAUCUCCAUGGCCGAGCUCGCUUCCAUGGCCCCAACAUCGGGAGGGCAGUAUCAUUGGGUGUCCGAAUUCGCACCCGCGCAUCUCCAGCGGCCCUUGAGCUAUGCCGUGGGCUGGUUGUGCGCUCUGGGCUGGCAGGCAGCCAUGCCAACCGUCGCGUACAUUGGAGCGCAGCAGGUCCUCGCACUCAUUGCCAUCUGCGACACCAGCUAUGUGAUUCAAGGAUGUAAGCCUCCUCUACUCUGCUGUACCCUCGUAGUCGUCUACUCUCGUAGUGGUCAUUCGCCUCGUCUAAUUAUCCUGCUCAGGGCACGGUGCAUUGAUGACCAUGGCAUUCGUCCUGGCUGCCAUCUCCUUCAACACCUUCGCCAUCGGACAACUCCCCAUCCUCGAAGGCCUGGCAGUGCUGCUUCACAUCUUCGGCUUCCUCGCCUUCAUUGUCAUCAUGUGGGUCAUGGGGCCUCGCGCCGACGCACGCCUCACCUUCACCCAGUUCCAAGAUGCGAAUGGAUGGGGUAGUCUCGGUCUGGCAACACUGAUCGGAAUGGUUGGACCGACCACGACCUAUCUCGGUGCGGACUCGGCUGUCCAUCUGGCCGAGGAAUUGGAAGACGCUGGCUAUAUCCUUCCGCGUGCCAUGUUUUCCGCCGCCCUCAUCAACUACACGCUGGGAUUCGUCACCACCGUCACCUUCUUCUUCAACGUGGGCAACGUCGAAGAGAUCCUCGAAUCGUCCACGGGACAACCUUGGGUUGCUGUCAUGUACAGAAUCACGGGAUCGAAAGCAGGAACCAUCGUACUUAUCCUUGUCAUGAUAGUGAUGGUAAGAAAUCUCAAUCGAGAUUGCAAAGCCCGAAUUCUGACGGGAAAUCACAGUACUUCUUCUGCGCAGUCAAUCAAGUCACGACGAGCUCUCGGCAGGUAUUCGCGUUCGCUCGCGACAAAGGAUGUGAGUGCCGUAUGCCCGCCCGCCAAUAGUCUACUUCAGCUGACGCCAGCAGUGCCUUUCCACCAAUUCCUCUCAAAAGUUCGUCCAGGCAGCGGUGUACCAGCCAACGCAGUCUACGUGACUCUACUCUUCACCUGCCUCAUCGCCCUCAUCAUCAUUGGGUCAACAACCGCAUUCAACAUCAUCCUCUCCGUCUCGGCCACCGGUCUCUUCACCAGCUACCUAACGGUCAUGGGCACCGUCCUCGCAAAACGCUUCCGCGGCGAACCAUUCCCUCCAUCACAAUUCAAUCUAGGGAAAUUCGGAGCCGUGGCGAAUGUGCUUGCGAUCUGCUUCUUACUCGUCGCAUACCUCUUCCUGUUCUUCCCAGCUGUACCGAAUCCCGAUCCCGCGUCCAUGAACUGGGCGAUCCUGGUCUACGGAGUUGUUACCCUAUUUGCCUCUACGUAUUACAUGCUCAAAGGGCGACAUGAGUACGAUGGCCCCGUGGAAUACGUGCGGAAAGAUAUGUAG